CGCUGUUUAUACCACAGGCAAAGCCUACUCACGCACAAUAUGCACACACUGUCCCAGCCUCCAGCACCAUCCACGGGCAUUGGAUCAAUCUGCCUGGGCGAACACACAGACAUACCCACAGUCAGAGAGAGGGAGUCUUUUCUUUGACAGAAGAAUCCCAGCUCUCUCAGACAGAAUCAGAACUGGAAUGUAGACUAGUCUUAAACUCCAGGCUGUAAACUUCAUUCCUGGGAGCUCAAGUAAACCAACAACUCAAUGAGUGGAUCGAUGAUUUAAUGGAUUGGAUAAAUUGAUAACUGAAAUCAAUCAACUCCUCAGUGCAACACAUUUUUGGGGGUACGACCGAUUGAUGGGCGAGUCCACCGUGGCUGACAGUGCGCAUUGAACAGUCCACUGGUAAAAUACUCAGCUGUCGCGCAGAGGAGCGGAGAAGAACAGUCAGUGAAGUCCAGAGACAGUCACUCGGACAAGAGAGCCAGGUGUGAGAGGUCAUUGCCAUGGGGAAGGACUACUAUAAGAUGCUGGGUAUUCCUAAGGGUUCUAGCGAGGAGGAGAUCAAGAAGGCAUAUCGCCGCAUGGCGCUGAGGUUCCACCCAGACAAGAACACAGACGCUAAUGCAGAGGAUAAGUUUAAAGAGAUCGCUGAGGCCUACGAAGUUCUGAGUGACCCCAAGAAGAGGGUAAUCUACGACCAGCUAGGAGAGGAGGGUCUGAAGGCGGGGGGGCAGAGUGGUCAGUCUGGGGUUCCUGGCGGGUCAUACCACUACACCUUCCAUGGGGACCCCCACGCCACCUUCGCAUCCUUCUUUGGCGGCUCCAACCCCUUCGACAUGUUCUUUGGACCACACCGCAACCACCAUAACCGCUCCAACGGCUUCCACUCCAAGGUCCCCAACCACCACAAUGACCAUGACAUGGAAACCGACUUGGAUGAGGAUGACCCCUUCACCUCAUUCACACACUUCGGCUUCCCCGGGGGGGUCAACGGCUUCCCUGGCCAUGUCGGGGGCAGGAGGAGGGGAGUGCAGUCGGAACGUCUGGCGGGGUCCAGGAGGCAGCAGGACCCCCCGGUGGUCCAUGAGCUGAAGGUAUCUCUGGAGGAGAUCUUCCAUGGUUGCACCAAGCGGAUGAAGAUCACCAGGAGGAGGCUGAACCCUGAUGGCAGGAGCAGCCAGACAGAGGAUAAGAUCCUGAACAUCGUGAUAAAGAGGGGAUGGAAGGAGGGCACCAAGAUCACCUUCCCUAAGGAGGGGGACGAGACACCAGAGAACAUUCCAGCAGACAUCGCCUUUGUGCUCAAAGACAAAGGACAUGCCCACUUUAGGAGGGAUAGCUCCAAUAUCAUCUACACCUGCAAUAUCAGUCUGAAGGAGGCGCUGUGUGGCUGUACGGUGAACAUUCCCACCCUGGAUAACCGCGUCAUCCCGCUACCCUGCCAUGACGUCAUAAAGCCGGGGACGGUAAAGAGGCUGAGGGGGGAGGGCCUGCCCCUCCCUAAGAGCCCCACCCAGCGCGGCGACCUCAUAGUGGAGUUCACGGUUCGCUUCCCAGACAGGAUCCCUCCCCAGUCAAGAGAGAUCAUCAGACAACACCUGCCCCAGUCUUAGGACAACACCCCAUCGCCCACGGACAAUUAUAUUUUUAAGGGAAAGUUUUAUUUUUGUCUAGAAAUGACGGAAGUGCCAAGAGGAACUGCAGUUUAAGGUUGUUUUUGUUAAUUUUUUUAUCUUUCUGCCCAAGCGCACACGGACAUGGCGGAGUGAUACGGAGGAAUGGCUCAGCGCAGCUUUGGCUUUUACCAGAACUUUUCUUAAUGCUCUUUUUUUCCUACAGACUUAUCAAGGGUUUUAUACAUCCCCUGCCUUUCCUCCUCUUCUUUUGGAUGGGAUGAGAGGAACACUUUAUUUGAAAAAGAAUAGCUUGUCCAGGAUUUUCCAGAGGAAAGUUGAAAGUGUAUUAUUUUGUUUAUCUACACCCAACCAGCAGCUUCAGUCUGUGCUCCCCUAUUUUACCCCAAUAAGCUGUUUCAAAUGUUUAAUAAAGCAUCAUGUGUGAACUGUAUAGGUUAUCUGCUGGACAAGGCCACUGCUACGACAGCAGACACUACCCCCACCUCCUCCCAGUGCCUAACCAUUAACAUAGUUUGGCAAGCAUGUCUUCAGAUUUGGAUUUGCUUGUUAUAAUCAGCACUCAGUGCAAAUGAGCAUGUAAUUGUUGACGGUUUGGUUUCAACAUGGUGUACAGUUUGUUGUAUUUGUGACUGGCUGAGACCCCCAGCAGCCCAGCUGUGUGUAAUCCACUAUGGGUCAUCAUAUUAGUACCUCAGGAGGUUCAUCCAGGCAUCUCAUCUAUAGGUGCUUUGCUCCCUGUGGUGUUUGUGUCUCAGAGGGAAUGACUGAGUCUUUAAUAACUGCCUUUAAGCUCUCCACGACUCACUGAGGGACUGGUAAGUGCCUUAACCUGAAGACACACACACACGACUCCCCCAUUCCUACAGAAACCCUAUGGACCUGUCAAGUACCAGGGAUGCACCAGGAUUCAUACUCAAUGUGAAUAACUAUUGUAAUGGCUGAUAGUGUCCACAGGAUGAACACAGAGAAUAUAGUCAUUUCUAUGAACCUUUAUAAUAGGUUUUGUAAAACACUUUCAAUGUAAACCUGCCCAGAGAGUCAUGAAUGUUCUGCUGUGGAUGUUGUCUGUGGGUAGUAUACUGGGAGUGACACUGUAUGCAGUGCUUAAAGUCAUGCAGUGAAAUAGAUUCUGGUACUUGUUUUGGGUGCCAGUACUGUUUAUAUUUAGGAGCAGAAACACUGCAAUAUUUUAAAGUUGAUAUUCUAUAGGUGCUGCUACUCAAGCAGUAAAAAAAUGAGGUACUGGUACUCAGUACCAGUGUGUUCCAGCACAAGUCAAGCACUGACUGUUUUGGUGCUGCAGUGAUCAUCUGUACUACGCUGAUGGACCUAUCAGUCUGGCACUGGUAACAUGAUACAUCUAUUCAGGACUAUCAAAUGGAGACCCUUUUCUUGGUCCACUUUUUGCCAGCUGUGAUAUGUGUUCAAUUGAAAGAAUGUGGACAUUGAAGGAAUCUGUCAGGACUGGUUGAUACUGUAGUGGUUGUUCCCUGUCUAUAGGUAAUGCCAAGAGAUACAGAACAGACACAGAUUGGCAAACAUCUGAGGAAUUCCAUCUUGAUCUAAUAAUGCCUGUCAAUCAGAGAAGCUGCAGGGUCGCUGGAUGGGGGUGGGGCUAAAGUAGGAAGUGAGCAUUGGCAUGGUGCUGUGUGAGAAUGUGGUUUUUCCACAACUUCUGUACUUUUGACAAAGUUUCUCGUGUAAAUUGAAUUUUACAAUGACAACCAAUAAACCAAAUACUGAGCAGUG